AUGAAUGGUGGAGUUGUUGUGAAUGUGUGUGAUAUUGAUCUCAAGAAAAAUGUUGAAAAAUCACCUGAUUUAAUAUCUGAAUUGAAUGAUUCGGAUAAGGAAAAGAAAAGUAGUUUAGGUAAACAUUCAAAUUUCAAUGGAAAUACUGAAGAAAAGAAGAAUGCAAAGAAGAAACUGAAAAACAAACCUCAUAAUGAUUUGAAGAAAAAUUCUGAAAAACAAGCAACUAUUGAUAGAAAAAAGACAACUAAUUCAGAAAUUAACACAGAAGUUUCAAAAAUUGACAUAUCUCCAAAUAGUAACAAAAAAACACAGAUCAAAGAAGGUGAAGAAUCUAAUAGUAAGAAACAUUCUUUGCAAAAAGACAAUAACUGUUCAAGCAAGAAUAAUAAAAAAGAAACAAAUUCUAGUGGUGAGCAACAUCUUAAGAAAUCUAGCGAGAAUAAUUCAGAUGAAAAGAAAAAGUCAAGAAAGCAUAAAAUAAGUAACAGAAGAUCAAAAACUACACCUCAAAAAUUACCUUUACUAAGAACAGGAAAAAUUAGAAAAGUAAAUAUUGAAACUAAGAAGCUCAAAAAACCUACCAACAACAAUAAAAAAAUGAAUAAGAAUAAAAAUGAUACCAGUGAAUUAUUAAACACAAGCAAUAAUUCAGAUAAUAUUGAUGAAAUUGAAUCAUUUGAAGAGCCUAAGUGUGAAAUAACUGAAAAUGAUUUGAAAAACAAACCUUUAUCAGAUCAAAGCAAAGUGCUAAACUGGUUGGAGAACUCUUCUAAAAAUGAUGAAUGCAAUUUGAAAACUAAAAUAGUUUCAAACAAAACUGUAAAUGAUUUUUGUUAUAGAGGAGGACAAUAUAUCAACAUUAAAAAAUAA